GAAUUUCAAUAAUUAAAGAGUAUUUGGGGGCUCCUUUCUGUUUAAAAUUAGAGUCCUCAUUUAGGUUCCGGAUUUAUCCAUUCUUCACCGAGCAAAUUAGUCCAGCAGAGACCUCUUCUUUUCCAUGGGAACAUCUUGAUUAGGUUAGGAAGAAGAAAAUUGGAGUAAAUGGCAGCAGUUUCCGCAUGCUUCUUCACAGUGACAUCCACCAAGACUCAAUCCAUCCUAUUCUGUCGAAAACCCUCCUCGUUUAUCCUAAAAUAUUCACGAGUACACUCUUUUCAUUCUAGCAAAAACCUGUAUACGAGAAGGAGGAGUUCAGCUCAUUUGGUUAGGGCCAGUCUUGAUGUUGGGGUUGGGGUUAGGGCGGAGAGUGAUAAGCUGCCGUCUGAUGUUAGGAAGCGGGCAAUGGACGCUGUUGAUGCAUUGGGAAGGAGGGUUACAGUUGGGGAUCUUGCUAGUAAAGCUGGCCUUCAGUUGACUGAAGCUCAGAAAGCUCUGCAAGCUCUCGCUACCGAUACAAAUGGCUUCUUGGAAGUGUCAGAUGAAGGUGAUGUCCUCUAUGUAUUUCCUAAGGACUAUCGUUCAAAUCUCAUGGCUAAAUCAUUUAGGAUGAAGAUUGAGCCUUUGUUGGAGAAAGCAAAGCUUGCAGGUGAAUACUUAGUGAGGGUAUCUUUCGGUACAACACUAAUUGCUUCGAUUGUCAUUGUCUAUACAACCAUAAUAGCUAUCCUCUCUAGUAGAAGUGAAGAAGACAAUCGGGGAAGACGAGGCAGAUCUUAUGACAACGGCUUCACGUUUUACUUUAGUCCAACAGAUUUAUUCUGGUAUUGGGAUCCAUACUACUAUAGGAGACGACGAGUUCACAAAGAAAGUGGUGGGAUGAACUUCAUUGAAUCUGUUUUCUCCUUUGUAUUUGGUGAUGGUGAUCCAAAUCAAGAGAUUGAAGAGGAGAGGUGGAAGUUGGUAGGGCAGUAUAUAUCAUCAAAUGGUGGCGUUGUUGCUGCCGAAGAACUUGCUCCCUUUCUUGAUGUGGAGAUUCCUAACAAAACGGAUGAUGAGUCAUACGUCCUUCCGGUGCUUCUACGGUUUGAUGGGCAGCCAGAAGUAGAUGAGGAAGGAAAUAUCCUGUACCGAUUUCCGUCACUUCAGCGUACGGCUGCUCCACAAAGGAGUGGAAGGAAGGAGUAUGUAGGAAAAAGAUGGACUGACUGGGUUGGACAGGUUGAAAGAUUUCUUCAAGAAAAGAAGUGGCAAUUUAGCAAAACAAGCUCAUCAGAAAGGGCAUUGGUCAUUGGAUUGGGUGGGCUCAAUUUGUUUGGAGUCAUUAUUCUUGGUACCAUGUUGAAGAACAUGACAGUCAGUCCAAGUAACUUCAUCUCAUUUGUGUCCGAGAUAUUUCCGUUACUUCAGAUUUAUGCUGGCUCUUUUUUUACCAUUCCCUUGAUCCGAUGGUUUCUUGUUCGAAAGAGAAAUGGUGAAAUUGAAAGAAGAAAUCGAGCAAGGGAACAAUAUGCCCGAGCACUUGAACGACCUGAUCUCUCAUUGCAGAGGAAGCUUCUGAGUGCCCGGGAUAUGGCACAGAGAGCUUUUAUUGGCCAGGAUCGAAUUGUUUACAGUACAAACAAGGACUUAUAUGAACAAGAUUAUGAUGCACAAAAAUGGGAGCAAAAAUUCCGAGAAAUUGAGAAGUCCGAAUAGAUGGUGUUACUUAAAAAUUAUUUUGUUUUGUAAAUUCUCGAGUUCCUUACGCACGAAGACUCAGAUAAAUUAUUCCUUCACUGCCUCCAGCCAUGACAUGAGGCAGGCAAAGCUGCAAAUCCACCAACUGUUAGUCAUUGUGUAUACUCAAUUUGCUGAGAAGAAUUGGAGCAUGCCAAACAGUAGAUUUUGAUGUAAUCAGCAACAUUAAUCCAGGCCUGAGACUCAAGAGGCUGGUAGAGUAGUUUAUUAAGAAUGUACAAGUUGUGUACUUGGUAUGACACUCAAAUCUGCUGCAAAUGGCGGGUGUUCACUACAAAUUAGCCCCGAUAUGAAUAUUUUUCGAACACAAUUAUUUGAAUAUUUUCUAAAAAGCAUUGUACAAUGUUUUAGAUAAUUCCAUCCAAAACCAUGAACUAGGAGCUAGUGUAAUCAACUUUGGACAAAUGCAAAAGAGUUUUCUUUAUCGUUAAA